AUGUCUUCUCCUCUAAAUCGGCUUGGCAGGCUAUCACUCCAAGAGAUGCCACCAAUGACCGGUUCAAUAGCGGGAGUUGCUUCAAGAGCCGCUUCGUCAAGUUACCCGGACGGCCAAGAUUCGAAUGCAUCGGACACCGAUAGCGGUGACGACGACUAUACAAACGUUGAGGGGAAUGAACACCUUGCCAUUGCCCAGUCUCCUUCACGGCUCUUGUACAAUCUUGACCAACUUUCAGACAUAAGAAAAGCUGCAGUACGGGAUGUCUUCAACGAGCCUCCCGAGAUUGCACUACAACGAUGCCGACGCAUCGGAAACACGUAUGCCUUUCAAAUGACAGAGUUGGUUACGCGAUCUAUUCGAAUUCGAGCUCCAGAGAUCACCGAGACAUCUCCCCGUCUCUCAUGCUCAUGCCGCCAAGGUGAUGAGGCCCCGGAUGCCCCAUGUGGCCACCUGCUUUGGCUUCUUGACCAAGUCCUCAAACAGACUCUGUACAACCACGACGGUUCUAAACCUUUGAAUUUGAACAAAUACGGAUAUGCGAAAGAAAUGGGUGAUCCGUUUCAGGCUAUUUGCGACUUCCAUUUAGAUAUACUGGCUGAUGGGCUGCAUUGCCCUGUAGUGAAGCCGUAUUCCUACGCAGAUGAGCAUGACGACCUCAACAAUCAUCGCAUCACGGAGGCCAGAGAGCUUCUUGCCUCGGUGUACUCAACACCCCCCGAACUCUUUCGUCCGGACAUUUUCACUCAUCCUGCAAUGGAUGAUGACCGUAUUAUACGACGGAAUGAUCUAGACUACACUGUCCUCCGCAUGCUUCUCGACAACUCCAACUUUUUUCAGUACUUCCUGUCACUUUCACGCCCCAGCGAUCCCGUAUGUGAUGUCUUCCGCAAACUUUCGAAGCGGGUCGAUCAUGUUCUACGCGAACUGGAUUCUUUCUCACUCUCCUCCUGCUCACCAUCACCCACGAGCAACUGUGCGGAAACGCGUGGCACCGCCGACCAAACGACCGCUCGGGAUGUAACAUGGGCCGCAAGGCAUCUCCUUGGAAUCGUCGGCCUAAUACGCUCCUCCAUAUACAAUCGCGAUUGUCCCUUGCAAUCCUACGAGGCUCUAAGCGCCGCCCGCACGCUGGUGCAGAUUCUCGCCUCGGUCGUGGCCCGCAACCGUGACGCCUGCUCCGGACAAAGUCGGGUUGAUCGCAAUCUAUACCUACGAUUAGUUGGUGAUCGGGGCGAGGACGGAUUUGUAAUUGCAGAGUUAGACUUAUUGCCCGAGGCUGCUAGCCAUCUCGUUGAUAGCCUGGAGGCAAUUCUGGAUCAGGUUGAACUUCAGGGAGCCCCGACGGCUUAUGUCGUCAGGUUUCGCGUUCUAGUUUGA